CUUGCUUGGGGGCAGGCUUUCUCCUUUUGAUUGAUACUUUCAUGGUUCCAGUGGAAUUUAGAUGUGGGAAAUCAUCAUGAUAGCGGGAGAGACAGUUUCUUAGGUAGCUAGAGAUUCCAUGUAAAAGCUGGAUGGUGGCUCACUCGACUGUAGAGAAGAUAAAAUUAAAAAAUCAAGUUUAAUCUCUCAGGAGAAGCUUUGGUUGUAUACUUUAAAUCCUAAAAUUAAAACGUGCUUGAAGCCAAAAUGCCUAUAUACGCAGUUCCUACUAGAAACCACACUGAGGUGCUUGGUGUUUCUUCUUUCCAAAAAAAUCCUCCACAAAAUACCUUUCCUAAAAGCAACAGGUUUGGACAGCAGCUUAAAUCACAGGUACCAGAAGAUGAAAAAGAUAAUUCAUUGUCUCUUUCUCUGACUAAGACCAAAGAAAUAAAUAGGACUUAUGUGAUUUCUGCCUGUAAAAAUGCAGGUGAUACUUCAGUUACCUUUAAACCCGAAGGUAGGUUAACUCUCCAGAGAAGAACUGGAGCAAGCAGAAUAUCCCCUUCUAUUGAUAAACAGUUGGAGGAGAACACAGCACAGGACAUUGAAAGUACCCAAACAGAUGGAAGACUUACCCUGAAGCGACGUUUGGGGACUGGAUCAAUAGAGAAACAUAAAACAAAUAAGAACAGUGAACCUGGGAUAGAAAAUAGAGGUUCUGUUGUUGCACAGACAAACAACAAAAAUGGAUUUCCACCAGGCAUUAGUACUAAUAACACCCAUUACAUUAAAUCUAGUACUCAGUUAGUUGAAGGUCAGAUGAAUGAAAAGAGAUGCUCUGAUCUGAAAAAUAAAGAUUCCUUUGCUAAUCUUAAUGGUUCAAGUGGAAAUGGGAAUAGUAAAUGUUUGAAAUAUAGGGCAACUAUUGCUGAUGCCAAAAUUCAAAAUGACGUUCCUAGAUCAGCACAUUUAAUAGCAACAAAAUUUGUUAACAGGACCCCAGGGGUAAAGCUGAAUGAAAAAGAUAAUUUUAAUGAACUGACUGGAAAGGAAAGGAUACAAAAUUCAGUUGCUAAAUAUGGCAGUUUGGAAAAACAAAGAACACCUAGGAAAGGUGGUACAACAGAUGGAACAAAAGCUUCACCAAUGUGUGGCACUCUUCAGGAUGCCAAAAGUCCAGCUAUGUCUAUUCUUAAGAACAGGACACCUUGUCUUCAAGUUUUACAGAAAAAGAACACCCAUGCAUCCAGCUCUUUGUCCAUACAUAGAAGUGCCAGGGCAGAAGGGAGUCAAAUAUUUAUGCCACCUGCUGCACUUAAAGUUGAAACCGUAGCUCAGAACACUUGCAUAGAGGAAAAUGUUCUCAAAGUAGAAAACAGUAAAGUGACUGUGGCUGUGCGAGUAAGGCCCUUCAGUGACAGAGAGAGAAAAGAAAAAGCAUUCCAGGUGGUCUCCAUGAGUGGCCUGGAGACAAUUGUGCGACAUCCAGAAACAAAACAAGUGUACGACUUCAUUUAUGACUUUUCGUUCUGGUCUUUUGACCACUGUCAUCCUAACUUUGCCAGCCAGGAGACGAUAUAUAAGGCAUUGGCAGUACCGCUUCUAGAAAGAGCUUUUGAGGGAUACAACACCUGUCUUUUUGCUUAUGGACAGACUGGUUCUGGAAAAUCAUAUACGAUGAUGGGAUUUGGUGAAGAACUAGGAAUAAUUCCAAGAUUUUGUGAAGAUCUUUUUACUCAAAUAGCACAAAUGGACACACAGCAGUUUCUGUACUCUGCUGCUGCUUUAAAUUUUAUUUUUGCUAGAAGUGACAAGCAACGUUCUCUAGACAAUUCAAAUCAUAUAUUGUGCUAUAGUCCCGUAUCAGGAGUAAUAGAAAAAGAGAUUAUUAUUGAAGGAGAUAUUAAAUGUAAAACAGAUGGACAUCUGGCUUAUUUUUACGUCUUUGAUGCUAUUGUUCACAUAUGUAACGAUAAACUAGAGAUCAGGAACAUAUAA